UAAAGUUUAUCUGAGAAAAUUGUACUAGUUUCCAGCAAGAGUACUAGUCUAAGGCGAAGAUUAAAUAAAUAGGGAACAAUGACCAAACAAUAUUUUCUUGUGGUAGUUGUCGCUGACCCAUUCUAUUUUUAAAACAGACAGGUACUAGGUUAGCACUUAGCAAAGGAGAUCAUACAAUAUGUCAUCGCUCAGCAGGAUGAACAGCGUGCAUUUAGUUGCUGUCAAAAAAGAAAAAAAAGAAACAGCAUGCGUCUAGUUCAUCAGUGCUAAAACAUAUAUUCAGAUUGCCAAUGUCGGUCAGGAGGUUGAACCUUCAUUAGUGCUCUACAUGACUUCUUUUUAGUUAUUUCAAAAUUAGUGCUCCACAUGACUAACUUCCAAUAAUUGGGACAAGUCUAGACUUUACAAUCCAAGCUCAGCUGAUUCCUGAACCCCAGUGCCUGUCGCACUAAAUGAUAGGCCUUGCACAAAAAGUACGAAGUACUCAACUCAAAGGGCAGCUUUGUUUACAGAAAUCACCCGAGUCAAGACAGAAUUGCAAAGUAUUUUUAGUAGUCUGGAUGGCUGUGGCAUUGUCAAACUAUCAGCCGACAUCGAUCGACCAUCAGAAAUAUUUUUCCAGGGUAAAUUAUACUGGCUCAACAGGACUUGAACACCACUAAGUCUCCACUCAUCCAUUUGCACAAUUGUUUACCCUGAUGCACGGGCUCCUACCACUGUGCAAUGCUUCCCUCCUGGAGCAAUCUCUAAACUCAUUGCCUCCUCUCUCUGAUGUUACCUCUCCAAUCUUCUGCUGUCCCAACAAAAAGACCACACGAUCUGCAAAUAUCUCCAUAUCCCAUCCAAGAACUCACAAGCUGCAUUGGGCUGAAACUGAAAGCAUGCUCCUCCUCCUCCUUUUCGCACUAUCUGUUCCUUCCUCCCAAGCUUGGUCCUUCGAUUACCCAAGCCCCAUUGCCAACCUUCCUUCUCUAUGGAGCAACAACAAUGCCACCAUCCCCUACAGUGCAACAUACACAUCCGGUUUAACGACGAGAGCGAUUCUUGUCAGGCAAAACCCUGCCGGGUACGGUCCAUCCUUCGCCUGUGGCUUCAUCUGCACAGCUCCCUGUGACACUUUCCUCUUUGCAGUUUUCUCUGUAUUCAUUGGAGAAAAUACCAACAACCCUGCUCUCAAUGCCUCGGCCACACCAAGGGUCAUAUGGACAGCCAACAGGCGCCGCCCAGUGAAGGAGAAUGCAUCACUCCAGAUCAAUAGGGACGGUGAUCUUGUCCUCCGAGACUUUGACGGCUCGCUGGUCUGGUCCACCACCACAUCGGGGAGCACUGUUGUCGGUAUGAAUCUCGCUCAGACAGGCAACCUUAUUCUCUUCGACAUGGUGGGGAAGACGGUGUGGGAAUCAUUCGAGCACCCAGACGAUACGCUCCUUAUUGGGCAGUCACUGAGGCAAGGGAAGAGGCUUACUUCAGCUUCUGCAAACUGGACUCAAGGUCAGUUCUACCUUACCGUGCUUGAUCAUGGCCUGCAUGCUUUCGUCGAUGGAGACCCUCCACAGUUCUACUACCAGAAAAGGUUUAAUGUUACUGAUGCAAUGGCUCACUCAAAUAUGAACAUAUCCUCCUCUGAUGAAGCAAAGGAUAGCAUGGUUUACAUUUCCUUCUUGCAAGGUAGUCUCACAGCAUUUGCCAGCUUCAACAAUACAGAUAUCAAGUUGUUUGACAUGUCAUUGCCUUGGCGAUCUUCAGCACAGCUCAUGAGCCUCGAGGAUGACGGGCACCUGCGGGUUUAUGGUUGGGAUGGUAUCUCAUGGGAGCCCUUGGCUGAUGUUCUGGAUGUGCAACCUGAUGAAUGUGCAUAUCCUACAGUGUGUGGAGAGUAUGGAAUUUGUUCACAAGGUUAUUGUAGUUGCCCUAGUAGAAAUUCAGGAGAUGAACUUUUCCGUCACUUGGAUGACCGGCAACCUAAUCUAGGCUGUUCACCGGCGAUUCCUCUGUCUUGUGACUUGAUACAGUAUCAGCAGCUUUUGCCUCUCGCAGAUGUCACAUACUUCAAUUUUGCUUAUAAUUGGACUACUCAUGAAGAGAGUUGCAAGGAGGCGUGCCUGAAGGCAUGUACAUGCAAAGCAGUCUUUUUCAGAUAUCAAAAUGAUACAUAUGGUUCUUGCUAUCUGAUGCCAAAGAUUUUUUCAUUCAUGCAUUACAAACCUGAAAAAAUUGGAUAUAACUUGUCUGCAUAUAUCAAAGUGCAGAUGUUACCUCCACCAUCAGCGAGUAAAGACUUGGGUGCAACUGCUUACCAUGUUGGUGUUCCUGUUCUAGUAGCAUUCAUCGGUGUGCUGAUUCUCAUCAUCAAAAGAAUAAUAUCAAAGAAAAUGCAAGAGGACGAUCCAUUUAAAGGAAUUCCUGGUAUGCCAACACGAUUCUCCUAUAAACAGCUGAGAGAAGCAACGAAUAACUUCAGCAAAAAGCUGGGGCAAGGAGGAUUUGGACCAGUGUAUGAAGGAAAACUUGGAAAUGUCAAAAUUGCGGUCAAGUGCCUGCGUGACAUGGGACAUGGGAAGGAGGAAUUCAUGGCUGAAGUCAUCACCAUUGGUAGCGUUCAUCAUAUCAAUCUUGUUAGACUGAUAGGUUACUGCUCUGAUAAAUUACACAGGCUCCUUGUUUAUGAGCAUAUGUGCAAUGGGUCUCUGGACAAAUGGAUCUUCAGCAAAAGCCAAAGUGAUUCACUCAGCUGGGCAUCUCGAUACAAGAUUAUCAUUGACAUUGCUAAAGGUUUGGCCUAUCUUCAUGAAGAAUGCCGACAGAAGAUUGUUCACCUUGAUAUCAAACCUGGAAAUAUCCUCCUUGAUGAAAACUUUAAUGCAAAGAUAUCUGACUUCGGUUUAGCAAAGCUUAUUGAUAGGGAUCAAAGCCAUGUGAUGACCAAAGUCAGAGGAACAAGGGGCUACUUAGCACCAGAGUGGUUGACAUCAACAAUUACUGAAAAGGCCGAUAUAUACAGCUUUGGUGUCGUUGUGCUGGAAAUAGUUAGCCGAAGGAAAAUCCUGGACAGUAGUCAGCCUGAAGGGAGCACCAAUCUAAUUAACCUACUGCAAGAGAAAAUCAAGGUUGGGCAAGUCUUGGAUAUAGUGGAGAAUCAGGAUGAAGAUAUGCAAUUACAUGGAGCAGAAAUGAUAGAAGUAAUAAAGCUUGCUAUAUGGUGCUUGCAGCGCGAGUGCAGCAAACGACCAGCCAUGUCACAGGUUGUGAAGGUCUUGGAAGGUGCAAUGGACGCAGAAAGGACUGCAGGCUCUGAGACAACUAGCAGAGACUACAUUUUUAAUGCUUCAUCCCCUCUGACCCCGGUGCAAGUAUCAGCAAGAUGAAAUGCUUUAGGCAAAGUAGAAUGCCUGCUUGUGGCUUAGUUACAACAAUAUACUAGUGUGCAGCGCUUUAUAAAUUUCUUCUUUAACAUAUGUAAUGUGUGAAUGAAAUAUAAGAAUUUCCCUAUGGGAUAUGUAUCUA